GUGAAACAAUGCUAAUAAUGCUAACAGCGCUAACUAAAAAUAAUGUCUGAGAUUGUUAAAAGAAAAAAGAGAAGAAAGGCAAACAAAAAUUGUGUCGAUAUGUCACCUCUUUUUUUUGUAGCGUAGCCAGCCUCUGUGAUGGAAAUUAACUUAGUUAGCUUGUCCUACAAUGAAAGAAGCUAGCGGAGUUUUAGCAUGUUGUGUUAGCUUACAUUUUACUCAAUGUCUAAUUAAACACCUCCCCUCUUUACUAGUUUAACAACAGGCUUCGCUGUUCCCCCGCGCGUCUGCGCGCGACCAGGCCUCGCCAUGCGCGCGUCCAGAGGAGAGAAAGCGCAUCGGAGCAUCUUCAGUCUCGGAGCAGCCACUACCGCUCUCUGUGUUACGGAGAUACCGCCGUGGAUGAGGGGGAAAAAAGCCGACUUGCAGCUGACUUUUUCAGCAGGAUAUAUUGUGCACCAUGACGGGAAUGAAAUGACGAUGGGAUGGAUUUGAACAUGGGCCAGUGGGCAGGCAUGCGUGCCCCUCUACUCGGCCUCGUCUUCCUGCCGCUGCUGUUUCUCUUCAAGCCGCCACCCUGCUGCGGACAGAACGCCCCUCCGAAUUCAAGUCCGACUUCACCUCAUUUGGACUUCACCCAGCCGGUGUACCACGCCACAGUCUACGAGAACUCAGCCGCUCGCACCUAUGCCAACAGUAAAAUUAAAAUGGGCGUCCACCUGGCGCUGCGGUCCUGGGAGAUCCGCUACAGAAUCACAUCCGGAGAUGAUGAGGGGUUUUUCAAAGCCGAGGAGUACGUUCUGGGCGACUUCUGCUUCUUGCGCAUAAGGACUAAAGGAGGAAACGCUGCCAUCUUAAACAGAGAAAUCCAGGACAACUACGUUUUGACAGUCAAAGCCUCCAUUAAGGGCGAUGCGGUCACCGAGACCUGGACUAAAGUCAGCAUCCAGGUCUUGGACAUGAAUGACCUGCGGCCUCUUUUUUCGCCGACCACGUACUCGGUCACCAUCGCGGAAAGCACUCCGCUCAGAACUAGCAUAGCGCAAGUUACGGCCACGGAUGCGGACACCGGCUCCAACGGGGAGUUUUACUAUUUUUUCAAAGACAAAAUGGAGCUUUUCGCCGUGCAUCCGACUAGCGGGGUCGUUUCUCUCAGCGGGAAGCUCAGCGUCGAGGAGCAAAACCGCUACGACUUAGAAAUACUGGCAGUGGACCGAGGCAUGAAGCUUUACGGGAAUAAUGGCGUCAGCAGCACGGCCAAGCUCUUUGUCCACAUCGAGCGCGUAAAUAUGUACGCGCCGAUCAUAAAUGUGAUAUCACACCAUCCUUCCUGGCUCGAUCGGAACGCAGUCUUUGCCAUUGUGACUGUCGACGAUCCAGACGAGGGUUCAAACGGGUACAUAGACUCGGUGGUCAUUGUCGGCGGGGACCCUUCCAACCAGUUUUUCAUGGAAAGAUCCAACGAACGGGACUUUGCCAUAAAAGCGUCCGAUACAAUAAACUGGGAAACGUACCCGUACGGCUGUAACCUCACACUGCAAGCCAAAGAUCGAGGAAACCCAGCAAAGUUCUCCGCCGUCAAGGUGGUCUACGUUGCGGUUAAAAAACAACCGACAUUGGAUGUCAAGUUUGAGCACGAGACGUAUGACGUCAGUUUGAGCGAAAUCGCGCCGCCGGGCACAAUCGUUCAGGCGGUGAAAAUAACACCAGAGCCGGAUGAUGCGGAAUAUAUAUUGACGCCUUCUGCAGAUUCGAUAUUUUUUCAAAUAAACACCUUAACCGGCGUCAUCUCCACCAACGCAUGGUUCACCCAAGCGACUCAGAAUGUCUUUAACCUCGAGGUUUUGGAAAUAGACAGCGAGCUCAAAGUCAAAGUGCGGAUUUCUAUCGUGGACGCCAAUGACAACACCCCCAAAUUUUCCCGGUCGUCUUAUGAGGUUUCUGUCAACGAGAGUGUACCGGUUGGGACCGCCGUCUUAACGGUUUCUGCGACCGAUGCAGAUCGAGGCGAAAACGGGUACAUGACUUUUAGUAUUUCCAGUCUUGUGCCGCUGCCGUUCCAAAUCAAUCAGUUCUCCGGCGUCAUCACCACGACAAAGAAGCUGGACUUUGAGUCGUCUUCAGAGACGUUUGUGUUUGUCGUCAGAGCCUCCGACUGGGGAUCGCCUUACCGACGGGAGAGCGAAGUGAACGUCACGAUUCACCUGGAGAACGUCAACGACAACCAACCCUUGUUUGAGAAGGUCUCGUGUCGGGGCGUGAUCUCCGCAGAUUUCCCGAUGGAUGAAGCCAUUACCACGAUGUCCGCCAUUGAUGUAGACGAGUUAGAUCUAGUGAAAUAUAAAAUCAUUUCAGGGAACGAGUGGGGCUACUUUGACCUUAACGCCGAUUCGGGGAUCCUUGCGCUGAGACGCCCGCUGGAUACCGCCAGUCCAAAGAACGGCGUCUUCAGUCUCAAAAUAACCGCCACCGACGGUGAGAAUUUUUCCGAACCCACGUUUGUAAACAUUUCAGUCGUGAAAGGGAAAUCGCCAAACACAGAUUUUGACUGCAAAGAGACGAGAGUAGCUCAAAAAUUAGCUGAGAAGUUACUGAAAAAGUCCAAAACCGGCACCAAGCCCAAAAUGGAGGAGGGCUUUAUUGACCUUUUUUCUGUCAACCGUCAAACGCCUCAGUUUGAGAGAUCUUUCCCCACUGAUAUCUCCGUGGCGGAGGACCUCAAGCUUGGCUCGAGCGUCUUCCAGGUAAAAGCUUACGACGGCGACACGGGAUUCAACGGCCAGAUGGUUUACUCCAUUCCAGACGGGAAUAUUGACAGCUGUUUUCAAAUGGACAUGGAAACCGGUCUUAUCCGCGUCUUGCUUCCCAUGGACAGAGAAAAGAGAGAUCGUUAUCUUCUCAACAUAACCAUCUAUGAUCUCGGCCUGCCACAGAAAUCGGCUUGGCGUUUGCUAACGGUCUAUAUCCUGGAUGCUAAUGAUAACGCGCCGCAGUUUUUGCAAGAAGGCGGUUAUCGGAUUUCCAUACCGGAAAACACUGCCAUCGGGACGGAUGUCAUUCAAGUGGAGGCCACGGACAAAGAUCUGGGACUUAAUGGAGAACUGGUGUACUCCUUUUUGACCAGCACCGCCCAGUUCGGUAUCAACUCCACGAAUGGUAUCGUUUAUGUUGCUGGCCAACUUGAUCGGGAGUUGGCCGCCUGGUUUCAUUUGAAGAUCGAGGCCCGAGACAAGGCAGAAAAAGGGAAACAGAGAUUUUCCAUAAGUUCAUUACAAGUCGUACUGGAAGACGUGAACGACUGCCCCCCGCUCUUUAUUCCCAGUGUGUACAAAGCCAGAGCUCUGGAGGAUCUCCCCAUCGGAACUGUUGUGGCCUGGCUAGAAACCCAAGACCCGGAUUUGGGUUUGGGUGGCCAGGUGCGCUACUCGUUAGCCAGCGACUACAAUGGAUGGUUUGACAUCGACAAAGCAAGCGGAGCCAUCCGUUUGACCAAGGAGUUGGACUAUGAGACUCAGCAGUUCUACAACCUGACAGUCAGGGCCAAAGACAAAGGAAAACCGGUAUCUCUUCUCUCUGUCACUUAUGUGGAAGUGGAGGUCCUUGAUGUGAACGAAAACCUCUACGCGCCGUACUUUUCCCAGUUUGCCUUGUCAGGAUCCAUUAAGGAGAACGCUCGGAUUGGAAGUACGCUUCUACAAGUCAGCGCAAACGAUGAAGACGAUGGCAGGGAUGGAGAAAUCCAAUAUUCCAUCCGUGAUGGGAGCGGGCUCGGACGAUUUGCCAUUGAUGAAGAAACAGGGGUGAUUUAUACGACAGACGUCCUCGAUCGUGAGACCAAAGACUCCUAUUGGCUGACAGUGUACGCCAGCGACCACGGCGUGGUCCCCCAGUUUGCCACAAUCGAAGUAUUCAUCCACGUGGAGGACGUAAACGACAAUGCCCCCUUGACGUCUGAACCGAUGUACCGGCCGUCAAUACCAGAGAACUCUCCCAAGGAUGUUUCUGUGGUCCAGAUCCAAGCCCAGGAUCCCGACUCCACAUCGUCCUCAUCUACUGAAAGGCUCAGCUUCCGAAUCGUCAGUGGGAACCCACAAAACUUCUUCACUCUCAACGCUCGAACCGGCCUGAUCACAACAACCUCCAGGAAACUGGACCGUGAACAACAAACGGAACACGUUUUAGAGGUAUCGAUCUCGGAUGGCGGGACCAGUCCGAUACAGACCACAGUGUGGGUCAUGGUCCAGGUCCUAGAUGAAAAUGACAACAAGCCGACGUUUCCAGAGAAGGUCUACCAGGUGAAGCUCCCGGAGAGGGGGAGAAGAAAAAAGGCGGAGCCUAUAUAUCGCGUCUUUGCCUACGACCGCGAUGACGGCGCCAACAGCGACCUUUCGUAUAGCAUCGUGGACGGCAACGAGGAUGGCAAGUUCUUCAUUGACACCAAAACGGCAAUGGUGUCAUCUCGGAAGGCGUUCAAUGCCGGGAGCUACGAUAUCCUGACGAUCAAGGCGACGGAUAACGGCCGUCCUCAGAAGUCCUCUACGGCUCGCCUCCACAUCGAGUGGAUCCAUCGUCCUUCUCCGUCAGCCCAGCCAACAUUCGAUGAGCCUUUCUACAAUUUUACCGUCAUGGAAAAUGACAGAGUGGCAGAGAUUGUCGGCGUGGUCUCCAUGCAGCGGAGCUCGACCCCUUUAUGGUUUGACAUCACAGGUCCCAGGUCUUUCCUAGGGAUCUUUAUUAUCCUACAGACCACUUGCAACAGGAACUGUUCUUCAGAAGGUGGGAACACAGACCACGUGUUUGAUGUCGAGAAGGCCAUGGGGACCAUCAUCAUUGCCAAGCCUCUGGAUGCCGAACAACGGUCCUUCUACAACAUAACAGUACAAGCUACUGACGGCAUCCACAUUGCCUCCACGCAGGUUUACAUCACCGUUACCGACAACAACGACAACGAUCCCGUUUUCUCCCAGCCGACGUAUGACGUCAAAAUUUCAGAGGACACACCUCCUGAAACCGAGGUGGUUCAAGUCCUGGCCACAGACCGGGACGAGUACCAUCGCUUGAGCUACACCUUGCAGAGCUCCAUAGACCCGAACAGCAUGCGUCUGUUCCGCAUUCAUCCCACCAUGGGAACCAUCUACACCACGCAGAGUCUGGACCACGAAGCUUGUUCACAGCACAUCUUCACCGUCAUGGUAAAAGACCAAGAGUUCCCCUACCGUAAGAACCUGGCUCGUGUGCUGGUGGAGGUGGCUGACGUCAACGACCACGUACCGAUCUUCACUAGUGCUAUGUAUGAGGGUUCCGUUUAUGAGUCGGCAGCAGUGGGAUCCGCGGUAGUCCAGGUGACUGCCCUGGAUAAGGACAAUGGCAAGAACGCGGAGCUUCUCUAUUCCAUUGAAUCAGGGAACCAUGAAAACUCAUUUAAUAUCGAGCCGGUUUUGGGAAUCAUCACCGUUGCACGUGACCUGGACUUGUCUAGUAUCGGUCACUACAUACUCACCGUCAGAGCGACGGACAACGGCUCCCCCUCCCUGUCCACAACCACCGUCGUACGUAUCGCGAUCACCAUCUCAAACAACGCCGGACCCAAGUUCCCUCAGCCGGAGUACCAAGCCGAUAUUCCAGAAAAUGUGGCGCUCGGUACCUCGGUCACCACCGUCAGGGCUGUGAGUCAGUCCACCGUCACGUACGAUAUCAAGCAAGGCAACGCAGAUCGGAUUUUCCAGAUAAACCAGUACAGCGGAGUUAUUACGACUCAGAAGACCCUGGACUUUGAGACAAGGGCGUCUUAUACUCUUACAGUUCAGGCGACAAACAUGGCCGGCUUGACCGCCAACGCGACUCUUCUCAUUCAGGUUUUGGAUGAAAACGAUAACCAACCGGUGUUCAAGGAACUUCACUACCGUGGCAGAAUCAGCGAAGCCGCACCGGUCAACAGUAUCGUCUUAAACGCGGAGGAUUCUCCUCUGGUGAUCAGGGCCACCGAUGCUGACCAGAACCAGAAUGCUUUGCUCAUUUACCAGAUCGUUGAGGACAAAGCAAAAAUGUUCUUCACGGUGGACUCGGGCACCGGUUCCAUCAGAACUAUUGCGAAUCUAGACCAUGAGACUUUUUUUAGUUUUCACUUCCAUGUUCAAGUCCGGGAUAACGGCCGGCCACAGUUGACUGCAGAAAGCCCGACGGAGGUGACGGUGCAAGUGAUGGACACAAAUGAUUCGCCGCCUCGUUUCACUCAAAGCGCCUACGAAACCGUAUUGCUUCUACCCACCUACGUGGGAGUGGAAGCUCUGCGGGUCUCAGCCGUGGACCCAGACAAAGAUAUCCCUACGGAACUCUCCUACUCUUUAACGGAUGGAGCUCUUGAACAUUUUUCCAUUCGACCGUCCAACGGUAUCAUAAUCGUCAAAAACAAUAACUUUUCCAAAGAACGCUUCCGCUUCAGCGUCAAAGUCUCAGACGGGAAGUUCUCCAACACGGCUCUGGUAACAAUUGUCGUUCGAGAAGCUCUGGAUUCCGGUCUCAGCUUCGCUAACAACCUUUACACUUCGGAGAUUGAAGAAAAUGUAACAAAUAUCACCAAGGUGGCUGUCGUCAAUGCAGUAGGGAACCGUCUUAACGAACCGCUGAAGUACAAGUUGUUGAACCCCGGGAAACAUUUUCAAAUCCGUUCAACUUCCGGCGUGAUCCAGACCACGGGUUUAGCCUUUGACCGCGAAGAGCAAGAAUCCUAUGAACUAGUCGUUGAGGCAAGAAGGGAACACGACCUUUUACAUGUCGCUCGAGUUAUGGUCAAAGUCCAAGUGGAGGACAUCAAUGACAAUUCACCGAUAUUUGUCGGACUUCCUUAUUACGCCGCCGUUCAAGUGGAAGCCGAGCCGGGAUCCCACAUUUUCAAGGUGAUGGCGGUUGACCGGGAUAAAGGAAUCAACGGAGCGGUGUCUUACUACCUCAAGGAUGACCACGAUCACUUUGACAUCAACCAGCAAACGGGAAGUCUUACGCUGAAGAGAGCCUUUGAGUCCGACGUGUCCAAUAUGGAGUACAUGACGGUGAUCUACGCCAGAGACGGAGGUCAUCCGUCGCUCUCCUCCGCUGUAGAGUUCCCGAUUAUCGUCGUCAACAAAGCCAUGCCCGUGUUUGACAAAUCCUUUUAUUCCGUUUCUGUUAACGAGGAUGUGGCUGUGCAUACUCCCGUUCUUGGGAUCAAUGCGACCAGUCCGGAAGGUCAGCACAUCUUCUACACCAUUGUUGACGGGGAUCCAUAUCUUCUGUUUGACAUUGGUUUUGACACCGGUGUCAUCAGCGUCGUACAUUCCCUGGACUACGAAACGGCGUCGUACUACCAUCUAACCGUAAGAGCUACAGACUAUCUAACCGGGGCCCGUGCUGAGGUUGACGUCAAUGUGGCGGUUCAGGAUAUUAACGACAACGGACCCGUCUUCCAGAAAAUGUCGUACUCUGUGGUUUUAUCGGAAACGGCCAUGAUCGGGACUCCGGCUCUUCAGGUGAUCGCCACCGACAAAGACUCUGAAAAGAACAACGUAGUCCUUUACCAGAUCUUCUCAGAUGCUCACAACAACACAGACUACUUCCACAUCGACAGCAGCAGCGGAUUAAUUUUAACCGCCCGCAUGCUGGACUACGAAGUCGUCCGCAAGUACGAUUUCAUCGUCAGAGCAACCGAUAACGGCUUCCCGCCAUUAAGUAGCGAAGUGUUUGUCAGGGUCGUGGUGAACGACACCAAUGACAACCCUCCCAUCUUCAACCAGCUUCUCUACGAGGCCCACGUCAAUGAGCUAGCACCCAAGGGUCAAUUCGUCACCUGCGUCCAAGCCUCGGAUGCUGACCGUUCGGACUUGGACAAGCUGGAGUACAGUAUUUUGUCGGGAAAUGAAAGGAUGAACUUUGCCAUGGAAAAGAAGACGGGGAUCAUCACGUUCUCCAGCAACAAUAAACAAAGGACGGAGCCGGUUUACAGUCUGAACGUUUCCGUGUCAGACGGCGUCUUCACCAACACGGCGCAAGUUCACGUUAACGUCCUGGCGGCCAACUUGUACAACCCCGUCUUCGGGCAGAACGUCUACGAAGCAGAGCUCAGAGAGAACGCCGCUGUGGGAACCAAAGUCAUACAGGUAAAGGCAACCGAUGCGGACCCCGGUGUUUACGGUCAAGUUACAUAUUCCUUUGUCAACGACGUUGGGCGGAACCAAUUCAGCAUCGAUACCAGUGGUAAAAUCACCACCGCGGAAAAGCUUGAUCGCGAGGAUCCCGCCAACAAAGACAUCGUAUUAGCGGUGCUAGCCCAAGACUCGGGUGGACACGGAUCUUUCUGUACGGUCCGAGUUACGCUUUUGGACGACAACGACAACACGCCCCAUUUCGCCGCAACUGAAUACCGAGCUUCCGUUAAAUCCGAUGUGGCAGCGGGAUUCUUUGUGAUCCAGAUUCAGGCCAGUGAUCCUGACGACGGGACCAAUGCCAGAGUUACGUAUUCCCUCUACAGCGAGGCGCAUGUCCCCGUUGCGGACAUUUUGGAGAUUGACCCAGAAAAUGGUUGGAUGGUAACAAAAGGAAGCUUCAGUCACUUGAGGAACUCCGUCUUAUCUUUUUUUGUAAAAGCCGUCGAUGGCGGAAACCCGGUUCGCCACUCUCUGGUGUCGGUCUACAUUCACGUUCUAUCUCCGGAUGGCGCUAUCCCCGCCUUUGGCCAACACAAGUACUCAUUCAGCAUAUCGGAGGACACGCCGAUCGGCUACGCUAUCGGUAUGGUGCGCCUUAACGAUCCUCCUGGACGAGACGCCCUUACUUCGACCUUUUCGCUGAUUAACGGAGAGAAUGACGAAAACAACCAAGAUGCGGUAUUUGUCAUCGAUAAAGAUACGGGUGUGAUCAAGAUCGAUAAGAUCUUGGACCAUGAGUUUAUGAAGGAAUACCGCUUCAAAGUUAUGGCCACCGUACAACAGAGCAAGCUGGAUUCCGUAACUUCGGUUGAUGUCGACGUCAAAGUUGUGGACUUAAAUGACAACAAACCGUCCUUUGACACCGUCUCCUACGAAGCCACCGUUUUAGAAGGAACGCCAGUCGGCGCCAGAAUUAUUCAAGUCCAAGCACACGACUCGGACUCCGCCGCCAAUGGGCAAGUCACGUACAGUCUCGGGGCGUUCAUUCGCUCAGAGCACGAGUCCGAUGAACUGAUGGGAAUGUUCGGCGUCGACAGCAACACCGGUUGGAUUUCAUCCCGGAAGAACCUGGACCAUGAGUCCAAUCCGUCGUACACCUUCACGGUGAUUGCCUCGGAUCUGGGUGAGGCGUUAUCGCUUUCCAGUACCGCCACGGUCACGGUGGCGGUAUCGGACAUCAACGACAACCCGCCCGUUUUCUUGGAGCAACGCUACAUUGGUUCCGUUAAGGAGAGCGACCCGCCGGGGGAAGUGGUCGCCGUGUUGAACACUCGAGACGACGACAGUUCCGCCAUUAACCGGCAAGUCAGCUACCACAUAACUGGUGGGAACCACGGUGGUGUGUUUGCGCUGGGCCUGGUUCAGGGCGAAUGGAAAAUGUACGUGAAAGGGCCACUGGACCGAGAGGAAUGCAACUUUUACACGAUAAACGUCACUUCCAGCGACGGACUGUUUGUUUCCCAAGCAAGCGUGGAAGUCACGGUGACGGACGCCAACGACAACAACCCCAUUUGUGACCAGGCCCGCUACAGCGCAUUCAUUCCAGAGAAUCUCCCCGUGAAUACGGUUGUGCUCCAGGUUGGUGCUACUGACGCAGAUGUAGGCAUCAAUGCCUGGAUCCAAUACUCCUUACACGGUCCUGGAUCCCAUGACUUCAAUAUCGACCCAGACACGGGCGAGGUCAAGUCUGCUGUGAGUCUGGACCGGGAGGUGACAUCCAGUUACUGGCUGGUUGCCCAGGCGACUGAUGGCGGCGGACGCUGGUGCCGCGCCGAGGUGCAAGUGGAAGUGACGGAUGUGAACGACAACCCACCCGUCUUUACACGUCAACAGUACACAGCCAGCGUAUAUGAAGACACGGCCACUAAAGCCCUGCUCACCCGCAUCCAAGCCAUAGACCCCGAUGAAGCGGGUCCAGGACGUACUGUCGUGUAUUCUUUAGCGGACUCUGCCGAAGGAUCCUUCUCUAUUGACAAGUCGUCAGGCAUCAUCGUCCUUGAACGCAUCCUCGAUCGAGAGAUUCAGCCGUCGUAUCAGAUAACAGUCCGUGCAUCGGAUCAGGGGUUGCCUACGCCGCUCUCAUCGUUAAUCAACGUUACAAUCACCGUGCUGGACAUCAACGACAACCCGCCCGUGUUUGAGCGCCGGGAUAGGCUGGUGACCGUCCCAGAGGACGUGGGCGUCGGCACCAAGAUUCUCACGGUGUACGCGGCCAGCAAGGACAUUGGGACCAAUGCUGAGAUUACGUAUAGUAUUCGAUCUGGAAACGAGCAUGGGAAGUUCAGUAUCCAUCCUCUCACUGGUUCCAUCACGGUUUUGGAAUCUCUGGACUAUGAAACCUGCAGGGACUACUUCUUAACAGUGGAGGCUCGGGAUGGGGGUACGCCCCCGCUGAGCGCCAUCACUACGGUAAACAUAAACCUUACAGACGUCAACGACAACGGGCCCGUGUUCAGCCGUGACCUUUACACGGCCGUCGUGUCGGAGGACGCCACCAUUGGCGAGUCCGUCGUUCAGCUGGUAGCAGAGGAUAUGGACAGCCUGCUGAAUGGGGCCAUUCUCUACUCCAUUGUGAACGGGGACCGAGACAACCAGUUCUUCAUCGACCCCCACAACGGGGUCAUCAGCGUCAACAAGCAUUUGGACCGUGAGACGGUUCCCAGCUACACGUUAGCAAUCCGAGCCCUGGAUAGUGGAACCCCGCCCAUGUCCUCUACCGUUCCGGUCAACAUCGACAUCUCCGACAUCAACGACAACCCGCCCACCUUCUUGCCGGCCAACCUCACUACUGUCAUCCAGGAAAACAAGCCGAUCGGUACCAGCAUCAUCCAGCUGUCUGUCAUCGACCUGGACUCGUCACGUAAUGGCCCGCCGUUUGAUUUCCGCAUCUUGUCUGGAAAUGAGGGAGACGAGUUCGUGCUGGAGCAAGAUGGAACUCUCGUGGCCAGUCAAGUCUUCAGGAGGGACUUGGCGACCAAAUAUGUUAUUCACAUACAGGUGACAGACUCCGGCAGGCCUCGCCUGUCCUCCUCGUCGACGCUGACAGUCAGGGUGAUUGAGGAAAGCGUGCACAGACCAGUGGCGCUUCCACUGGAGGUCCACAUCGUCACCAUGGAGGACGAGUUCCCGGGUGGAGUCAUCGGCAAGUUGCACGCCACGGACGCCGACCCCUACGACGCCUUGACUUUUGGUCACGCUCCGCCAGUCCAUCGCAGUCUCUUCAAAAUCAGCCCCCGCGACGGAAAGAUCAUCGCGCUGGGGGGUUUGGACGCGGGCAGAUACUCCCUGAACGCCAGUGUCAGCGACGGGCGGUUUGCGGUCCCCGUGCCGGUCAGCGUGCACGUGGAGCAGGCCACCCCUGACAUGCUGCGUGAAGCCGUGACAGUUCGCUUCGAGAGCGUGACGCCACAAGACUUCGUGUCCUCGCACCUGAAGACCGUCCUGAAGGUGCUGCAGCAGGCCACCGCGUCCCAGCAGCGGGACCGCCUCCACCUGCUCAGCCUGCAGCCGGUCGGCGGGACUCAGCAGCUGGAUAUGCUGGUUGCCGUGGAAACGGCGGAGGGCGGCUACUAUAAGGCGGCGUACCUCACUCAGAAACUUAGCGCUUCUCGGCGGCGACUCGAGGAAGUCCUCAAGGUGUCGGCCAUCCUGGAUAAAAACUGCUCGGGGCUGGAUUGUCGCGGGGCGCAGUGCGAGCAGAGCAUCGUCUUGGAUUCGCACAAGCUGGCGACGUACAGCACGCCGCGAGUCAGCUUCGUCUCGCCGCGCUUUCAUCGAACCUCCCGCUGCACUUGUACCGACGCCAACUGCGCUGUACUGUCAGAACAAUGUGAGGAGCAGCCGUGUCCGGCAGACAUGCAGUGUGUUUCAGUGGAUGUCACCAGGGGGCGCUACGCAUGUCAGUGCCCACCGGGAAAGCUCGGCGAGUGCGCAGGUCACUCGUCGUUGAGUUUUUCGGGUAACAGCUACAUCAAGUACCAGCUCUCGGAGCGACUCCAGACAGAACUGAAGCUCAGCCUGAGAAUACGAACGCUGCAGACCAGAGGGAUCAUCAUGUACACUCACAGCGAGCCGUGCACCAUGCUGAAGCUGGACGAAGGAAAGCUGUGGUUCCAGCUCACCUGCGUACCCGGCGACGGACAUGGGGACCGAGGCCACAUGUUGGGGAUCUCCGGCCGUCGGAUCAACGAUGGCAGCUGGCACACGGUGACGCUGGAGCUCAACCGCAACUUCAGCAGUCUGUCUCUGGAUGACAGCUACGUGGAGGGACGCAGCGGACCGGCGUACCUGCAACCUCUUGCUUCGGACAGAACCAUCUACUUUGGCGCGCUGGUGCAGCAUCCCACCUCACGAGGCCUCAUCGACGCCCACAAGGACCCCAUGGCGAUGGAGGGCUUCCAGGGCUGCCUGGACUCGGUCAUGCUGAACAACAACGAGUUGCCGCUGCAGAACAAACGCUCGCGCUACGCCGAAGUGGUGGGACUGACGGAGCUGAAGCUGGGCUGCGUUCUCUUCCCUGAUGCCUGCCUGCAGCAGCCGUGUCGCAACGGGGGAAGCUGCGUCACUCUGUCCUCUGGUGGAUUCUCCUGCAUCUGCAACCGCCUGUACACCGGAGGCCGAUGCGAGAUAGAGAUCACGGCGUGUGUUCCCAAUCCGUGCAGGAACGGUGGCGUGUGUAAGGCCAUUGGCAACGCUUUCCUGUGCAGCUGUAGAAGAGGCUUUAAAGGUCUAACAUGUGAAAAGGAUGUGAACGAAUGCGACCACAACAACCCCGAGGGCGAAUGCGAGAACGGCGGAACCUGCGUCAACACCCACGGGUCCUUCUACUGCAACUGCUCAGCAGGCUUUGUGGGCCAGCGUUGCAGCUUGCGGCCCGUGGUGGUCCCCGACAUGCAGGCGGGGCACGCGGUGGUCGGAAAGGAGGAAGUGAUCGGCAUCGCCGUGGUGCUUUUUGUCAUGACCACACUCAUCGUCCUCUUCAUCGCGUUCCGUAAGAAAGUCUUCCAAAAGAGCUACUCCAGAAACAACCUGUCCCUGGUCCAGGACCCGGCCACGGCGGCCCUGCUCAACAAGGCCAACGGUCUCCAGUUCAAGACCCUGCACUCCACAGCGGGAGACCCUAUCAAUCUCUAUUCGGAGACCGGGCUGGGGCCCGCCGUGUUGGGGGCGGGUGGCAUGAUGGGACCUCCGCAGGUCCCUGUGAGGCCGAUGGGGUACACGCCUUGUUUCCAGGGCGAUCCGCAGUCCACGCUGGAGAAGAUGGUGGACGGACGCAUGGUGGAACAUACAGAGAUGAGCACCUUCCACCCGGACUCGCAGAGGAUUCUCUCGGGGACCAACAGGAAGGGUGUGGUGGUCUGCAGCGUGGCCCCCAACCUUCCUCCAGUUUCUCCCUGUCGAUCGGAUUGCGACUCCAUACAAAAGAGUCCGUGGGACAGCGAUGAGGGGAAGAUGACGGACGUAGCGGAGGAAGUCACGUGUUUCUCGGGGAGCAACAGGGGCACUAACUCGGAGGUCCAAUCACUGAGCUCCUUCCAGUCCGACUCUUGCGAUGACAAUGCCUCCAUCGUGACCGUCAUUCGGCUGGUCAAUGACGCAGUCGACACAAUCGAAAGUGAAGUCAUGGACCAAAGUCAUAACUACAAUAGAGCAUACCACUGGGACACAUCGGACUGGAUGCCGAGCACCAGGUUGUCCGACAUCGAGGAGGUCCCAGGCCACAAAUCCCGCAGCAGAGGAAAUGUAGCAGCUCCGCUGGGAGGAAGUACCCACGGAAGUACCCACGGAAGUACCCGUGAACUGGAGUCGGACUACUACCUGGGGGGCUACGACGUCGACAGUGACUACCCUCCCCCCCACGAAGAAGAGUUUUUCAUCCAAGACCAUCUGCCCCCUCCUUUACCCGCCGGAGACGACUACGCCGAGCCCCCGAGCGCCAACCUGCCGCGUUCCAAGGAGAGCACCUUGAGUUCCGUCGGCAGCGGACCUCGGCACGGGAGACCUCACUUCCACCCGAGUCAGUACCUCCCCCCGCAUCAUCUUCCAGUGGCGGAGGCGGUGCUCGGGGACUUGGGUACUUCGCCGUGCGGGCUUACCUCAAAACAUGCAGACAGUAGUGACGACGCCGCGUCUUUAAAUAUGUGCCCGUCAAUCAGAGCAUCGUCGGCGUCGGACGCGACGGACGACUCUGAACACGUCGUCACGGAUACGCCGCGUCACGGCGUCACCGUCGUCACGGAUACGCAGCAACAAACAGAAGUCUGAUUUCUCCUCAUCGCAGGACUUUUAAGUCAAAUAUGAAAAAUGUUAUUUAUGAAAUGUGGGCCUUUUUACACGGCGAAUAAAUCACGUCCCCGACUCUCAUUUUCUUGUCGUGCCGAGAAGUAAGAAGUACUCAUUGUGGUUCAUGUCGGAAGUCAUAUUUCAUGUCAUAAAAAGUGAAUAGAGAAUGUGAACGGACUGAUGAAUCCAUAAGCGGAUCAUAUUUCGACGUGAAGCAGAACCAGAGAGGACGAGCGUUAAGUCACGAGGUUGUUUCAAAGAAGUACUUCUUCCUCGGAAAAGCAUUUUCCCCAACCAAAAUUCCCAUUCCAUGUUUUUCCUACUUGCUUGUACAAAUCUCGUUUGACUCGUAACCCCAAAUUAUCUAUGAAGAAAGUUUAUAAAAUGAUUUCAUGUGGAAUGUACCCCCUUAAACCUUGACCAGUAUUGUAUGAAAGCUAAGGGCUGCUGUAUUUGCUCGUAUACUGUAUUGUCUGGUACGCCCCCCCCCCCACCCCCCACCCAGAGUUCUCUUCAUCCCGGUUUUAAAACUGCAGGAAUUUACAUUUUCCGCUGCUGGAUCGGUUGUAUUGAGGACCAAAACUGCCAAAAUAAUUAAUAAAUAAAUAAAAGUGAAAAUGAAAAUAAAAAUAAAAAAAUUAAAUACACAAAAAUAAAUAUAAAUGGAAAUAAAAACAAAAAUAAAAAAUAUAUACAUAAAUAAAUAAAUAAAAGCAAAAAUACAAAAAUAAAAAACAAGAUUAAAAAAUUAAAAAUAAAUACAAAAAUAAAUAUAUAAAUAGAAUUACAUAUCAAUAAAUAAAUAAAAGCACUCUGCUCUCAUAUGUUCAACCCAAACCCAACCCAAGACACACUUAGGACCGCCCCCUCAUUUGAAUAGUUUUUCCUUCUGCAUUUCAAGCUGACAUUGUCUGCUGCAUGAAAUAAAUACAUAUGAGAGCAGAGUGCUUUUAUUUAUUUAUUGAUAUGUAAUUCUAUUUAUAUAUUUUGUAUUUUUUUGUAUUUAUUUCUACAUUUAUUUUUGUAUUUAUUUUUAAUUUUUGAAUCUUUUUUAUUUUUGUAUUUAUUUAUUUAUGUAUAUAUUUUUUUUGUUUUUAUUUCCAUUUAUAUUUAUUUUUGUGUAUUUAAUUUUUUGAUUUUUUUUCAUUUUUGUUUUUAUUUUCACUUUUAUUUAUUUAUUUAUUUAUUAUUUUGGCAGUUUUGGUCCUCCAUACGGUUGUAGAGCUUCAAAAACUGCAAAAAAAAGAAGAAACGGGGGGGGUCAGAAUCCAAACAACCAAUAGCGACCCCCCCCCCCCACACACACACACACUCCACCCCCCCAAACUGAAACUGCUUUUCAUUUGUGUGAAAAAGCCAGUCAUCACCACACAGACGAGGGCCUUCAGUCAACAUAGUAACCACUGCCGUUUGACGCCCCUGCACAACCUGAAGCUCUAUUGUUCCAUUGAAAAAAAUAAGCACCCCCCACUCAGGUGAAAUCUCCUUGUCAGUAACAGAAGCCAUCCGGACCGCCAAGGUUCGAUUUCUCAUCAGAGGAUAAAACUAACAGGGAAUUUAGUGGCUUUGAAGGAGACGAGGCCUUUGAGGACUUUUGUUUUUUUUUUUUACUGGACUCCACUCAGCACCGGUAACGACCGUCAUCACUCGGUCCUGCGUCCAAUCCCAUCCUCGAGGCUCGAGGUCGCUCACAUUUUUGGGGGGUUUCUGCUUUGUUUUGUCGGCACUCACAUAGCACAACUAUUGUUGCGCAAGACUCACAAGAUCGUGACAGUGGGAAUACCUGAUUGUAAAUUAUAUUGAAUUUGCAUUUUGCCAAGAUUUGUGCUUUUAGGGUCGAAAUUCACUUUAAUGCACAAAAAAAUAUAUUUUCUUUUUGUAUUUUGAAGCUCGACUUAGAAGCUUAAAAUGAUCCAAAAGUGCAAAUUUUUUGCCAUUUUUUUUCAAUCAAGUGUGUAUUAUUUGUACUGUACAUAUGAUUUCAUAUAGGAAGGCGUGGCAACUACACACCCAAACACUAAACAGGGUGUUUAGUACACCUCAUCCAACAACAGAAAUACAAAAGUUACCCCACUGAAAAAUACAACACCAAUCCCCACAGGUACUCGUAGCUGCAGCCAUUUUGUUUUUUUCAUGUUUUUUUUUUUAAGGUUAUUAUGUGGUGUGAUGAUGUUUUCUCGAGAUGUAAAUUUACCUUUGUUGAUAAAUUGAAGCCCUGGGUGACAUCCGCUAUGUUGGUGUCAUCCUUCCUGAAUGAAAGGCCCUGGAAAGGACAAGUGGAGAGGAAAAAAAGGUGAAAAUUCCAACACAGGUUCUUGAUGGGUUCUACUCUAGUAUUUUCCUUUGGAAAAAUUACGUAUGUUUGGGUUGAAAUAAUCUCUGUAUAGUGUACAUAAUGUGGGGGGGAUUAUUAUUUCAAUCCCUGCCGACCUCUUAAGUUGACCCAAAGACGUGAAGGGGUCAUCAUUUUUUACACUUGCUUUAUUGGAACAAAGAUGGACACAAUAUCCAAACAUCCGGAAUAAAUCAUAAAUAACAUUUCUACAUUCAUUUCUAUGUGACUUGACUUCAAUGAGUAUUUGAUUAUGGAGCCAGAAGGUUUUUUUGGCAAUGGAAGUAAAUGUUGGUAUUCUAGAAAAAAGAUGUAUUGAUACUACAAAGGGAUACUUUGAAAAAUACAACAUGGACAUUCAAAAUAAAUACAAUUUUUUUAAAUAGUUUUUUGUGUGUUUACUGUCUUCAGUGACAGUUACUAGUUCUAAUUUAUACUAUACUACGGUAUAUUACAUGGUAGAUUCACUGCGGAUUCAGUCUCGCACACACUCACGUAGCACAACUAUUGUUGCGCAAGACUUAAAGAUCUUGAGUUUGCGUUCUCCCCGUGCAUGCGUGGGUUUUCUACAGGUACUCCGGUUUCCUCCCACAUUCCAAAAACAUGCUAGGCUAAUUGGCACUUUAAAAAAAUUUUCCAUAUGUGCACAUUAACAUUUUUUUUUGGUUGAUAUUAACAUUACAAUAAUUAUAUGGAGCAUUUUUGAGGAGGAUUAAAUAAUUGUUUCUCAAACUCGAGCUGUGUUGUUGGCGUAUUUUACCGAUACG